AGAGCCCCGGUAGCCGGAGCAGAUACCCUGUAUGCCCCUUGAACAAGGCGACAAAAUAAUAUCACGUGAUCCAAAAUGGGCAGUCCUCUGACGGUGCUGAAAAAAAGCCAUUUUCUGGCGCUGCUGCAAAUUCUAUCCAAGUCCAAAUAAUUGAGCAGGAUCCUCGCUGGGAGGAGUGGGAAACUUUUAUGUCAUUAUCAGAUCUUUCCUGAUGGAUAAAAUGCAACCCAACCGGAUUAAAAUCACAGAUCUCAAUCCACAUCUCACAUGCCCACUGUGUGCUGGUUACUUCAUUGAUGCUACAACCAUUGUAGAGUGCCUGCACUCCUUUUGUAAAACAUGUAUUGUUGCCUUUCUGGAGACCAACAAAUUCUGUCCUCGAUGUGACGUCCAGGUACACAAGACAUGUCCUCAGCUCAGCAUCAGAGCGGACAAAACUCUACAAGAUAUUGUUUAUAAGCUUGUUCCAGGGUUAUUCAAAGAUGAGAUGAAACGGAGGCGGGACUUUUACGCAGAGAACCGUGUGCUGGAGCCCGGGGAAGUGGUGGAGACGUUUAACAUAGCAGAGGAUGAAAUCAUCAGCCUCUCCAUACAGUUCUAUGAGAGGAACAAAAAUAAUGACAGACAACAUUCUGACAUGGAUGGAGACAAGUCCAAUGGCAAGCGGUUCCUGCAGUGCCCGGCAGCCAUGUCCGUCAUGCACUUAGCAAAGUUCCUUCGAAGCAAGAUGGAUAUUCCCAGCAGCUAUCGGGUGGAGGUGUUGUAUGGGGACGAGCCCCUGAAGGACUACUACACACUAAUGGACAUUGCCUACUUCUACGAGUGGAGACGAACUGGUCCCAUCCCUCUGCAGUACUUGGUCAAACCCACCCGGAAGCGCAGGAGGGUGUCCCAGACCGCCGCUCAGGGCCACUCUGACGGCGUCAACACCAGCCCCACCUCAGAGAGCGACUCCCAAAGCGACAAAGUCCACAGUCCUGCUGCAGCCCAGCCCCCCAGAGCCUCCUCGCUGUCCAGCCCCACGUCCCACAACCUGUCCCCCGCCAUGCGCAGCUCCAACGGUACCACUGUGCCCAACAACACUCAGCGACACUCUCUGGCCUCCAAACCGGGCGCCAACGCUCGGAAGGUGACUGUCAACGGCACGAGCUCCGGGGCCGGUAAAGAGGAGGCGAGGGGGGGCGACAAAAGCGGCUUGCCUCCUCCGACCUAACGUGCGCGCAGAGCAGAGCGGGGAGGACAGUGUUUGAAUUGCUCCCUUCUUUCUCUACCGAGCAAAAAAAAGAAAAGACGAGCCGAAGCCGUCUUCCUGGAGAAACGCGAGGCAGAUAACUGUUGUCUUUCAGCGGACGGACUGAAAAGUGCAGCCAAAUAGACACUUGUAUGUGUGUGCGUGUGUGUGUGGUUAUGUGUGUUAGACUAGAACAAUGCACACAUACAAACUUGUACAGUAUGUAUCAAAUGUGAGCAUGUGUGCAUACAUAUGUAUAAACUAUCUUUUAUACAAGAUAUUGUAAUUGUUUUGUAUUGUAUAUGCAGUAGGUCUGUUUCUUUCCCAUAGUUCAUCAACAUUGGUUUGGCCACAGUAUUACUCGAGACAAAAUGCUGAAUGGCAUUGCAGUGCAAAUCACAGAGCAAGUUGGAUGUAAAAAAAAAAGAAAAGAGAAAAGAUCUAAACCUUGUUUUUGGACAGUCAUGUAUUAACUACUGUAUAAAUGUCCAGUACAAGCAGCCUCUCAUCAGGUACCAUAGGCCCCACGUGUCAUUGAGGAUACUCUGCGUAAAAAUGUUGAUGCACUUUCUCAGUCAGACCACAGAAUCCAAACCAAACCGACAAGCUCUUGGCAAUUGGAGAGGUAUUUUACGUCUAGAAAACUCCAAGCACUUCCACGUUCAAAGCAGACAUUUGUCGAGAGACCGUGCGCUUUUUCUUAUGGCAGACAAGGAACUCAAAAGGGAUUUGAAUAUUUGACCGUGUAUGUUGUAUUUCCAUAAAUUUCAACAUUCCUUUUGUUUCUUUUGAACAUAUGAUACUUUUUUAAUCAGCCAUACGUGCAUGUUUUAGGUCAAUAAAAUGUUUACUUACUAGG